AUGGAAGAGUCUAAAGGUGUAUAGUUUUUUGAUGUUGAGAGCUUCCCUCCAUAAAAGUUAUUUGAGCUAGCUGAAGAAAAUUUUGUUAAAGUUAAUUAUGCAGAUGCAGAAUACUACUAUUAGCUAUGUAUUUAAAAAGAUCCUGAGUAAGAAGAAGCUGUUUCUUAGUAUGCUGAGUGCUUGAAGACUUAAGGCAAAUUCGAGCAAUCAAUUGAAGUUUUGAAAAAGGCUAUUGAGCGUAGAUUUAAUUAAACUGGAGCUCAUGGAGGUGAUUAUAAGAAAUAUUUGUAAUUAGCUGAGUUAAUGGAUGGCGAAGAAAGUAUUAAGUUAUAUGAGUAAGGUAUUAAGCUCAUACAAGAAGGUGUAAUGAAUGGAACUCUAAAUCAUGAAAACAAGGAUGUUAAAAGAGAUUUGAGUGAAGCAUUUUCUGGGCUUGCUGAAGUCUUUUAAACUGAUUUCCUUCAUUUAGCAGAAAGUGAGCCUAAAGUUGUUGAAUGCAUCUAAAAAGCUAUGGAAGCAGAUCCUACUGCACUUGAUGCUCACCUUUAAUAAACUAAUUAUUAUCUCAAUAAAGAAAAUGAAGAAGAAGCAAAAAAAUCAAUAAAAAUAGUUAUAGAUGGUUUAGCUAAUAUGAAAGAAGACGAUGAUAGUUAUGAUGACAGUUUUAAGCUAAACGCUGCUAAAUUAUGUGUUGAAGUCAGUGAAUUUUCUCUUCCUAUUCCAAUUUUAGAAACACUUGUAUUAUCUAACGAUAGUAACUACGAAGCAUAUUAUAUGUUAGCAUAUUGCCAUUACAAGACUUAGAAUUACUAUACAGCUCUUGAAUAUACUGAGUCUCUCUUAGCUAAAAAAGAUUUAUAAGAAGACGAAGAAAUUUUUACUGCUACUUAAGAACUUAAGGAUGAGUUAGAUAAAUAAGAUUUCAACUAGGCUAAGGAUGCAAAUGAUAUGGAAGGCUAAUAAGAAGGAGAAGAAGAAGACUGGAUGGAUUUAGAGUGA